AUGUCGCGCGCGUUCACCGCGUCGGACUUCGAGGCUGGCGCGCGUGUGCUCGUCGAUCGAUGGUGCCGUGAUCCCGCCGCGGUGAACGCGUCGAUGACGGUUCGAUGGGUGGAGGAGAGCGACACGGUGAGACGAAACGCGGCGGCGGGCGGGUACGUAGCAGCGGAGGGACAUCUCGUCGUUCCGGAACGCUCCAGAACGAUCCAGAACGACGAAUCGGACGAACCACCCGGAUCCUCCGACCACGAGGACGUCGAGGACCACCACGAGGACCACGAGGAGGAGGAUGACGACGCGGCGGCGCCCCGGACCGUCCCCCCGCGCGGCGCGCACGUCCGCUCGUACCACGUCGUGUACAGCAAAUCCUACGGAUGUCCCGUGUUGCUGGUCCGCGGCGUCUCGUGCGAGCCCGGCGGGCGCGUCAUGGGUCACGCGGAGACGGAGGCGUCGCUCGUGGCGGCGGCGACGCGGGGAGCGGAGGGCUGCGCCGAGGAGGAGCGGCGGCGGCGCGCGGUGUCGCUCCCGAAUGUCGACGGCGAACGGGGGCUCACCGCGUUUGCGCCGUGGGAGCAUCCGCACGGGCGUGGCGGGGGUUGGGUCGGCGUGCACCCGUGCGAGACGAGGAGCGCGAUGGCGACGCUCCUCGCCGGGGAAGGUGGAGGUGUGGGGUCGGCGGGGUACAUGUCGGCGUGGAUCUCCUUCGUCGCUGCCGCCGUCGCCGACCUUCCAGUCCCGGCGCACCGGAUGGACUCUUGA